AUGGCACCGCAUGACGAUAGGAGGCGGCCUGCCGCCCUCAACCUAACACCAUCACGGUCAUCAUCAGAAGGGUCCUUCACUACCACGUCAUCCCUCAAGGCACCACGGACACCCAGAUUCGCAGAGGCAACCACAAUUCACUCGCCGGUGGAGCAGGCGAACAGCAACCCCUUUGGCGGCAGAGAUGAGAGGUCACAUGUGGCUCAGGCCCAGCCGGCGGAUGUUGGAUUUGGAUACAUCAACGACGACCCGCGCACACAAACAGUCAACAUGCCCAUGACGCCGAAGUCACCACUCAAGAGCGCCAUGAGAAUACCAGGCACACCAGCACGGAGGAUGAUCGAGAACCCUCUCAGCCCGACGUUUAGGGAAGAAGACAUCCUGGAGAGUCGGGAGAAGAGCACAGAGAAGGAACAGGCGCGUGACUUGGGCAUCAAGUACAAAGUAAGAAUGGCCAAGUUCGCCCUGCGAGGUGUCAGCUUCAGCUGCAGCUUGAUCAUCCUGGCUAUGCUCUCCUCUUCCUUCGCCAUCUUCCACGCCACCAAGGGUCUGGCACCACAGAACGGUCUACCGGCGUGGGCAUCGGGGACGCAGACAUGGCCGCAGUAUCUCGUCUUGGCUGUUGCGUGCGUCUCGCUCGCCAUCUGCAUCCUUAUAUUCGUCGGUUACUGCCGAGGCGGACACCACCGAGCCGAGAAGGUCGGUGUAUACUACACGCUGUUCGCCGUUGGGUGGUUUAUUGUCUCCAUGAUCAUGUGGGCUGCCGCGGCCGGUGUCCUGCAGUUCACCCGGAACAACAGCAAGAACCAGGACAUGUGGGGAUGGUCAUGCGUCCAGAACCACCGAUCCGAGUUAUUCCAGGACAAGGUCGACUACGCACUGGUCUGCAGACUUCAGAACUGGUCCCUGAUCUGCAUCAUCAUCGAGAUCGUCAUCGACGUCAUCACCAUCACACUCUACAGCGUCGUCUUCUACCGAUACUACACGAAGCGAAGACUCCACAAGACGAUGGACAUGCGUGACCGCGCUCGUUCGGACCUGUACCUCGCGCAGCUGCGCUCGCAGUCUGCGCCCAACACGCCAGGCUUCGGCCCCAAGUCGCCCGCCUUCUCACAGUACGCCAUGUCGCCGCGCUUCCCACCGUCGGCCUACAAGUCACUCUCCGACAUAUCCGAGGGCCCCGUCUUCACCCCUGGUGUGGCCCAAGAGCCUCCCUCUGCCUUCGCCGCCCAGGUCAAGCCCGCAGCGACACCAUCCUUCAAGCUGCAGGCUCCGCCCCUCAAGGCCCCCAAAGCCACCCCCAAGCUCGGGCAGGGAGCCUUCCGCACGCCCACCACGCCCACCCUGCCCGACAACAGCUUCAGCUUCAACGCACACGGCCCCAUGGCGCCUGGCGAGCAACAGUACGACGCUGUGCCGAUUCCCGGCGCUUACGCAGAUGCGGCUCCGCGGUGA